UAAAACCGUUCGUUUUUCCAUUAAAGCGUGAAAGUCAACCGGUUACUAUCAGUUGCUGUGAACUCUUAAACUAGUUCGGGCAACACGUGGUUUGUUUUAGUGACCAAAUGGGAACGACACAAUCAGUUCUUGAAGAUUUAAAUUUACCAAAAAUAAAAAAGCUUGAGGAGAUCAGGUUUUAUUUGCACGACACUGAGCAUGUUGUCAAAACAGAUAGCAUCAACCCUAACACAACUCUAAACUCGUACCUGCGACAAAAUUUAAACUUAACCGGAACUAAAGCAAUGUGUCAUGAAGGCGGUUGCGGUGCUUGCGUUGUAGUUAUACAAAAAAAAGACUCAAUUACCCAAAAAGACACAUUUUUGUCUGUGAAUUCUUGCUUGAUUCCAAUUUUGUCAUGUAACGGUUGGAGGGUUUACACAGUUGAGGGUAUAGGUAGCCCACUUUUGGGCUACCACCCAGUCCAACAAAUUCUAGCUAAAUUUAAUGGCACACAGUGUGGUUUUUGCUCUCCUGGGAUGGUUAUGAACAUGUACGCUUUAUACGAAUCUGGAAAUUUGACAAUAGAGGAAGUCGAAAAUUCUUUUGGGGGGAACAUUUGCAGGUGUACAGGAUAUAGAUCUAUUCUUGCAGCUUUUAAGUCUCUUUGUACUGAUUCGUGUCCGGAAAUUCUCGGACAGCAUCCUGAUAUUGAGGACUUAAGGGUUUGUCAAAGAAACAGUUGUGAAAAGAAGUGUGAGAAGAUUUCAGAGGAACCGUUUUAUCAUGUGGUAGGAAGCUCAAGGUGGAUUAAAGUGUACACUUUAAGGGAUUUAUUCACAACCUUGUCUUCUUAUUCGAGUUUGAAUUAUAAACUAAUUGCUGGAAACACAGCUCAAGGAGUAUUCAAAACUUACUCAAAACCUGUCGAUCUAUACGUAGAUGUAACCUCAAUUCCUGAAUUAAUAUCUCAUGAUUUUAAAAAUAAUUCACUCGUUUUGGGAGCUAAUACUACACUCACAAAAGCAAUAGAAGUUUUUAUCGAAACGUCAAAAAAAUAUCCCAAUUUUGUCUAUUUGAAAGACUUGGCCCAACAUAUUGAUUUAAUAGCUAAUGUUCCUGUUAGAAAUAAAGGUACUUUAGCUGGAAAUUUAAUGAUGAAACAUGAUCAUAAUGACUUUCCUUCUGAUAUUUUUCUAAUAAUGGAAACAGUGGGUGUUCAAUUCACUAUUGUGUCAGUAAAUGGACAAGAAGUAACGUUAAGUCCUCUCGAUUUCAUUAAAAGUGACAUGAAAUUAAAAAUUUUGCAAAAUAUUGUUUUUCCUGAGUAUACGACUAAUGUAAAGUUUGUGAGCUACAAGAUAAUGCCUAGAGCUCAAAACACUCAUGCACAUGUCAAUGCUGGUUUUCUAUUUAAAUUUGAAAAUGAUUUAAUCCAAGAAGCUCGAAUCAUUUACGGAAAUAUAAACCCAACCUUAGUUCAUGCUAUUGAAACUGAGAAAUUUUUAGUGGGCAAACAUUUGUUUGAUAAUAGCGUGUUACAACAAGCUUAUGGUAUUUUGUCAACAGAAUUGGAUCCCAACUUGAUACCACCUGAUCCUAGUCCGGAAUUUAGAAAACAAUUAGCCAUAGCACUAUUUUAUAAAGCUAUUUUGACAAUCGCUCCCUCUGAUAAAAUAUCACUAAAAAAUAAAUCCGGUGGUUCACUCUUGCAACGACCAAUUUCAAAAGGAGUGCAAGACUAUGACACUAAGAAGUCUUUGUAUCCCCUAACUCAACCAAUUUCAAAAUUAGAAGCUCUAGCACAAACAACUGGUCAAGCUCAAUACAUUGAUGACAUGCCAGACCUCCCCAAUCAAUUAUUUGGGGCUCUUGUUCUUGCAGAAUCACCUCCAAAUUCAAUUAUCAAAAGUAUCAACUCGAAAAAAGCCUUGGAACAAGACGAUAUUGUUGCUUUUUUUAGCAAAGACGACAUUCCCGGUGAUAACAAUUUUACUCCACUUAACAUCGCUUAUAUCACAGCCAAAGAAGAAAUUUUUUGCAGUGGAAGAGUUCAAUAUUACGAGCAACCAAUCGGAAUUUUGGUUGGCAAAAAUUUUCAAGCUGUUCAAGCGGCUACUAAACUAGUAGAAGUGACUUAUGAUGUACCAAAUAUUGAGCCAUUAUUAUCAGUUCGUCAAAUUUUGAAAUCUGGUAGAAAAGAUCGAAUUCUUGAAACAAAAACAAUCAAACCGAAACGCCGCGGUAAUGAUAUCAAGUAUGUGAUAAAAGGGACUUUUGACAUUCAUCACCAGUACCAUUUCCAUAUGGAAACUCAAUGUUGCAAUGUCAUACCAACCGAAGAUGGACUUGAUAUCUACCCAUCAAGCCAAUGGAUGGAUUUAACUCAAAUCUCGGCCGCAAACAUGCUCAAAAUCCCCAAUAACAAGAUUAAUGUUUUUGUCCGUCGAUGUGGAGGAGCCUUUGGGGCUAAAAUUAGCCGAAAUGGGUUGGUUUCAUGUGCUGCUGCUUUGGCAUCUUGGAAAUUGCGAAAACCAGUUAAAUUGUCACUGUCUUUGAGUACCAACAUUGCUGUAAUUGGGAAAAGAUGGCCGCUUUCAACUGACUAUGAAGUUGGUGUUAACGAUAAAGGAGUUAUACAAUACCUUGAUUGUACCCACUAUUCUGAUGUUGGUGCAAUUAGUAACGAGGAUGGUACUGGCGAACUUUUAAACCUAUUUAUGGCUAGUUAUGAUCCUGACACUUUCCACAUUCAAAUGAAUAAAGCAAUUACAGACACUCAUACUAACACUUGGGCUAGGGCUCCAGGGACCACUGAAGGGUUAGCAGCAAUUGAAGCAAUAAUCGAGCACAUUUCCUAUGUUGCUAGUGUUGAUCCGUUGGAAGUACGGCUUGCAAAUUUCCCAAAAGACUCACCACUUGUAAAAUAUGUCAACGAUAUUAAGUCGUGGGCCGAUAUUGAUAAGAGAAAAAGCGAAAUUAACACUUUUAAUCAGAAUAACAGAUGGAAAAAGAAAGGUCUAAGUGUGGUUCCAAUGAAUUAUGAAUUGAACCUAGCUGGUCCAUUUGCUGCUACAGUGUCUAUUUUCCACGGAGAUGGUUCCGUUCAAAUUUCACAUGGAGGGAUUGAAAUUGGGCAAGGAAUUAACACAAAAGCUGCGCAAGUGUGUGCUUACAAAUUAGGCAUCUCUCUUGAGAAAAUUUCAGUGAUUCCGAGUAACAGUUUUGUGGCACCUAAUUCAAUGCUGACCGGUAGUAGUAUUACUUCUGAGGCAGUUUGUUAUGGAGUUAUUCAAGCUUGUGAUCAACUCUUAGAUAGAAUUAAACCUUAUCGCAAAAAAUUUGAAAAUGUGACUUGGGAAGAAUUAAUCCAAAAGUGUUUUGAAGAUUAUGUCAAUCUAUCAGCGAGUGGCCAGUUUUCACCUAAAGAAAAAAAUGUGACUUCGUAUUCCAUUUACGGUAUUUGUGCGUGUGAAGUUUUGGUGGACAUUUUGACAGGUCAACAUAUAGUAUCCAGAGUUGACCUAAUCGAAGACACUGGUCAAUCAAUGAGCCCCGAAAUUGACAUUGGGCAAAUUGAAGGUGCUUUUGUUAUGGGAAUGGGUUACUAUACCAUGGAGCAUAUUAUUUUUAAUUACGAGGGCAAAAUUUUGACCAAUAACACUUGGACUUAUCAUCCCCCAGGUGCUAAGGACAUUCCGGUUGAUUUUAAUGUCAAGUUUCCGAAAAAUAAUCCAAAUCCGGUUGGGGUCCUAAAAUCUAAAGCAACUGGUGAACCUGCUGUAUGUCUCACAAUAGCAGUGCCUUUAGCAAUCCGAAACGCUGUAGCCUCUGCUAGACUUAAUGCAAAUUCCUCCAAUACAAAAUGGUUUCCAUUUGAUGGUCCAACCAAUGUCGAAAAUGUUUUCAUGAAUAGCUUAAAUGACUACUCGCAAUAUGUUUUGUGAAAUUUAACUAUCUACAGAUUAACUAGUUGCGUUAUCAGUGUAAUAUUUAUUUUUAUUUGUUUGCUAAACCAAGGUAAAUCAACUAAAUUGUUUAAUUUGUAAAUUAGGCAUUUAUUUGUUGAUCAAAUAAAAUAUGUAUUAGCAAAUCAAA